CUCAUUAUACUCACUUUUCAGACUUAAAAUCUGAGUUGACUCGUAAAUUAUAUCUUCCACUACUCGUCCUGUGCAUACGAACUUCCACUUCACACAGUGUUGGCUCAGUAUUGGCCACCUUUAUAAGUCCAGUUAUUUAUGACUGGACUUAUAUUUCCAGUGGCCAACACUGA